UGAAUUCUUCUUCUUCUUCUUCACACUCUCAGUCCUCCUUUCCAUUUCAUGAACCAAACCUCUCUGAACGAUCAAAACACCCUUUUCAUCAACAAAAUUCUUCUUCUUUAGUGUCGCAAAAAGAUGGGUUCUCGUGUCCCAUUUCAAGACCUUAAUCUUCAAACUGAAUCCACCAAUUUCACCUCCUCUCCAACCCCAAUUCCAAGAAUUAUCCCCAAAAUUGAACCAAAACUUGAACCCUUUGAUGAAUAUACACAAGCUGAUCUUCAAAGCACCCCUUUUUUUUCCAACCCUAGUCCCAAUUUCAACUCCAAUUCUGGUUCAGCUUUCACUCGUACUCCACAAUUACCCACUUCUCAUUCAAUUCCACCAGAGAUUCCACUUGGGUUUGAAGAAACCAAUGUUUAUUCUGAAUUUAAUCGAAUUUCUGAGCUAUUUAAAGAAGCUUUAAUGCAACGUUUCGGAGGUAAUGAGGUUGUCGAACACCAGGAUUCUCAUGCUGAGGUUGUGGAAAACCCCAAUUCUCGUGCCAUUUUUCCUAUUAACAGCGACACCCAAGUUUCAGAAAUUGUGAUUGAUAGAAAAACAUAUGCACAAAGAUCACCGGAAUUGGUUAGAGUGACAGAUCCUUAUCCUGAAGGUCAACGUUAUCUCCGAGACACUGUUCGGAAAACCCGAAUGUUGUGUGAUUCUCUGCGUAUUCUCAUGAACAACCAGCAUUUGCUUCCUCAUAGAAGGAGAACAGGUGACCUGAGGGCUUUUCAAAUAUUGAGAGAACAUGGGUUGUGGAUGCAUCGCGAUAAGCGCAUUGUGGGGGCAAUCCCCGGAGUGCUUAUUGGUGACGUGUUUUUCUUUAGGAUGGAGCUUUGUGUUGUUGGAUUACAUGGGCAGGCUCAAGCUGAUAUUGAUUAUGUACCUGCGAGUCAGAGUUCGAACCGGGAGUCAAUUGCUACGAGUUUAAUUGUUUCAGAUGGAUACGAGGAUAAUCAAGAUGGAGGAGAUGUGAUUAUAUAUACAGGGCAUGGUGGACAGGAUAAGUAUUCAAGGCAAUGUGCGCAUCAGGAACUGGAAUGCGGGAAUUUGGCGUUGGAGAGGAGUAUGCAUUAUGGAGUCGAGGUAAGGGUAAUUCGUGGCUUUAAAUACGAAGGAAGUGGAAGUGCUAGUGGUAAAGUUUAUGUAUAUGAUGGAUUAUAUAGAAUUGUUGCAUGCUGGUUUGAAAUUGGAAAGUCUGGAUUUGGAGUGUUUAAAUACAGGCUUUCAAGGAUAGAGAAUCAGGAAGAAAUGGGAAGUGCUAUUCUUCGUUUUGCACAGGAUCUUAGGAUCAGACCUUUAGUGGCAAGGCCUACUGGUUAUGUUAGUCUUGAUAUAUCAAGGAAAAAAGAAAAUGUACCAGUGUUUCUUUUCAACGAUAUUGAUAAUAAUCAUUAUCCGGUUUAUUUUGAUUAUCUGGUGAAGACUGUUUAUCCUCCAUAUGUCUAUCAGAAUGUGGGCAGUGGUAAUGGAUGUGACUGCAUUGAUGGGUGUGGGGAUAGUUGUUUUUGUGCUCUGAGAAAUGGUGGCCAAUUUGCCUAUGAUUGUAAUGGUAUACUGUUGAGAGGCAAACCGUUAGUGUUCGAAUGUGGACCACAUUGUCAAUGUCCUUCAACUUGUCGGAAUCGAGUGAGUCAGAAAGGUUUGAGGAAUAGACUCGAAGUGUUUCGGUCUAGAGAGACUGGUUGGGGAGUUAGGUCACCGGACUUGAUCCAAGCUGGGUCUUUUAUCUGUGAAUUUACUGGGGUUGUACUCACACGAGAGCAAGCCCCAAUUUUUACAAUGAAUGGUGAUAGUUUAGUCUAUCCAAGUCGCUUUCCUGAGAGAUGGGCAGAAUGGGGAGAUUUGUCGCAAAUAUACCCUAACUAUGUGCGACCAGCCUCCAUUCCUCCUCUGGAUUUUGUGAUGGAUGUUUCUGGAAUGAGGAAUGUAGCAUGUUAUAUCAGUCACAGUUCGAGCCCCAAUGCUAUGGUACAGCCUGUGCUUUAUGAUCACAACCAUGUAUCUUUCCCCCACCUGAUGCUCUUUUCGAUGCAGAAUAUUCCCCCUCUAAAGGAGAUCAGUAUUGAUUAUGGUGUAGCAGAUGACUGGACAGGGAAGCUUGGCCAUCUGUGA